AUGAAGUUCCUAUACAGCAAUGUACUCGCUACCAUGAAGGCCAUCGAAAAAGAUUUGGAUAGUCAAGGAAACAAGCACGCAGACUAUGUAAAAAAGCUACUAAUCGAUGCUACGAAAUGCUACUACAAUGAGACGAAAUGGCGUGAGGAAAGCGACACACUAGUCACUGUGGAUGAGCACCUACGAUUCUCAGUGCCUAGCUCUUGCUGCAUGCAUGUUGCAUGCCUUGCCUUCGUUGUCAUAGGAGUGAGCAGAGACACCAUUGAGUGGGGCAUGACCUAUCCCAAAAUCAUGCAAGCUUCUUGCAUCAUCGGUCGUGUUAUGAAUGAUGUGGCUUCACAUGAGAGAGAACAAGAGCAGUGCUCCAGCGAGAGGAAUGUGAUGUCAACAGUGGAAGCGUGCAUGGAGGAGAACAACUACACUAAGGAGGAAGAGGCAUACAGAAAGCUCAAGGAGCUCAUAGAGGAGUCAUGGAUAGACAUCAUUGAGGAGCACCUCAAGGAAGCUGUCGGGCGGCCGACAACACCGGUCCUAGAGGCCGUGUUGAAUUCGACACGCAUGUUGGACUUCUUGUACAAGGAUAAAGAUGCAUACACUGAUCCUCGGGCUCUCAAAGUGGUAGUAGAUUCUAUAUAUGUAAAUCAUAUAUAG